UCGAUUCGUGGGGCGGUUUGUUUGUAAUGUUCAAUCGACUGUUUUGCUAGAAUGCGUCAAAUGUAGAGUUUAGUAAAUAUCCAGACAUAACAGUCAUAUGUCGGUUUGUUUCUGAGGAAGUAUGGAUGGUUCUGCGCAGUGUUUACUGCAGCAGCUCAUACGACGGAUACCCGUUCAACGCUUGAAGUCGACGCUGGAUAAAUGGGGCCGUUUGACGAAGGAGCAGCAGCAGUCUUUGGACUUACCUCAGUCCAAAUGGUCUAUAACCGAAAACCUUCUCAGCUUCUGUGAGGACAGUGACUGGACAGUUAAACAUAUUACAGAGCUUGAGAUGAUUUAUGUCACUGACAAUCCAAAUCAGGGAAUGUGGCAUGCUCUACACCUCUUAGACCCUGGAGAUGAUGCUCAGUGUGUUGACCUGAUGACUUUCAAAGAAUUAUUUAAAUCUCACCUCAGAGCGCUCAUCAAACAUGUGUCUGUCAAAAUAAAGAAGCAUACAGAUGAAGCUGUGUGGAUUCGGAUUGCAUGGGGUGACAGAUUCUCCCGGCCCAACCACCUGAAGCCAACAUAUGUUGUUCACAGUCUUCAGAGUCCAUUUGUCUUUGUGACCAGUCUGACAUCUAAGCAAAAGCCUUUACUAUGUCAGGCCUUGGUUCUGGCCACCAGGUAUCAUGGAAUCGAAGAUGCUAACCUUAGUGGACGGAAACUCACCGCCAUAAGGGACCUGCUGAUGAGGCAGUAUCAACAGGUGUUUCCUACAACGUACCCCAGCCCACUUGCAGAAAGAAAUCAACUUAUCUCUGACUCCUGUAUAGAAUGGGAACAAGCUGAGGCUGCAGCAAGUAGAUAUCAGAUGGCCUGUGAGACCUUCGGCGAUGGGCCGUUACCUCAGCUGCAGUCUGCAGUUUACAAGCUGGAGACUAAAUUCAUUGACCACACCAACAAGAAAAUGACCGAGCAGGAGGAGCCCUUCAGAUGUGUUAUUAAAUUCGCAAGCUCCAACAUUUUGGAGUCACUUAGAGCAUGUGCAUCCUCAGGAAUUGCCUCCACCCCAGUUACACCCUUGCUCUCCUCCAUCCCUCUGAAAAGUCGGAAUUAUUUUGUAAUCACAGACAACGCCCCUGGUCGCUCUUCACAAACACGUCGGCCACAGACCUGAGUUGCAACGUUCAGCUCAUGAAGUGACUUAUUAAUCACUCCUCUAUCCAUGUUCCCCUUCUGCUUUUUAUCAUUGAUCUGCCUGUUGAAGUGUCUACCUGUUUUUAAAAUGUAUUUUCUCCUGUGUCUUAAUGUAUAUUCAGUUUAAAUGUCUGUCAUUUCACAGUGGAUGACUUUAUCUGUAUCAUGCUAUUUGUAAGUGUUGAAGUUGUUUGACAUGUCAUCAGUUGCUGUGUUCAAAUUAAACAGAAAAAUUUUUAAAAAAUAUAUUCCUGAUGCAUCACAGUGUGACCAAAAGUCAGGUAUGUAAGCAUUUGGACGAUGAUCAAUUUUGUAUGGUAAUUUUGCUUCUGUUCACCACCGCACUUGAAUUGAAAUGAAGCAGUUAAUAUGUGUAGACCUUCAUGGUUUAAUUCAAGGGUUGGGGAAAAAAGAUGUUGCAUUAACCAUUUCAGAAUUACAUCUAUUUUUGUAUGUAGUCUCUCUAUUUUCAGAGCCCAUAAGUAUGAGUAUUGUUAAUACACUUUUACAGCCAGUUUUCUUUAGACAAGUUAGGUCAUGAAUACAGGAACAUUUCCAAUGACUGAUUUCUUGGACUUCAUUGACAUCAAUCAUUAAGAAGUACAACAGUACUGUACGGUAAAUCUACAGUGAACAGUUCUUAAAAACAGUGAUCAUCUAGUAAGAAAGCCAACGGGGUAAACUGAACAAAGUACUGAUGACACCUCUGAAGAAGUCAUAUGCUGCUGUGGCUGUGAUGGGAAGAACUGCAUAGUGUGAUUUUUGCCUGCUGCACGACCAGUCACAGGCUUCGUGAUGGAGCAGAGAAUGCUAGUUGCAUUUGGAAUUCUGAGACCCAUUCAAUGACUUGCAAAUGUCCAUGUAUCCAUCUCUUGGCUUGUCCAGUGAAAACGGGCUGUAAAAGUGAUUAUUUUUAUUGACAAUAGUCAUUAUUUUGUUCAAUUACUUGUGGUCUCUGAAUUUUUUUUUUUGUUCAACCCUUUGAAUUAAAGUUGAAAGCCUACCCUACAAACACAUGUUGAUGCUUUGAUUUCACCUACACUGUAGUGGUGCAGAGGGAAGAAAAAUCACAAUAAUUGUCACUUUGUGGAUGCUUAUGGACCUGACUGUAUGUUGUCUUGGUACACAAAUGGUUGUUUUUAUUCCUGCCAACACUUAAAUUAUGUCUUUUUCCUGUCAUUUGUUUAAUAUAAGUUACUGUGGAAGACUAACCAAGGUGUAGGAUGCUGACUUGUCUAGACUGUGGGUAUGUUGUGAGUCAUCUGGACAAUCCUGUUUAAAUGCGUUCCAUUCAGUCUUUUUCUGUCAGUGAGACCGUUAAUCACAGAACUAGUAUUUUAGGAAAUGUGUUCAAUAAAUUUAAAUAUACUAACA